AUGGACACUGGCGAGUAUUACUUCUUAGAGCUUAACCAUAAGUUACAGGUGGAGCACCUUGUAACUGGGGAUGGGAAUUUCUGCCCUUUUUACUCUAUAAGGCCAAAAGAUCAUUGUGUGGCUGGUGAGGAUCCUGAUGGCAAAAUUCAGGAGUUGAGUUUCAAGAGCAAGCCAUGUGUGGGGGCCUACUUCUCUGUCAAGUCUGGUGGAGGUGAGCUCUCAGAUUUCCAGUUUGGACAUGUUUUUUUGCAUUUGGGGAAUCAAGAGCCCUGGCAAUAG